AGGAAAAAGAGGAAAAUAACCCUUGAACCCACUUGGAUGCUAUUGCUAUCUGGGUUAAUUAUUGGUUAUGAUGACGAUCUCAUAGAUCAUAAUUACGAUGAUGAGUAAUUGAAAUCAAUAGAACAAAAACCACCACCAUUUUCGUUUCAUCCCAACAUUCUGUAACGAUCAUCAUCGUAUAUCAUGUCGUUCUCGUUCUUUAAGGUUUCGAGGCCUAAAACGCCGCAGGAAGUGGUCAAGUCUAUCAAAGAGAGUCUCAUGGCUCUCGAUACCAAAACCGUUGUUGAAGUUAAAGCCCUUGAAAAGGCUUUAGAAGAAGUUGAAAAGAAUGUUGUAACAAUGAGAACUAUGCUUUCUGGAGAUGGAGAAUCAGAACCGAAUUUGGAUCAGGUUUUACAGCUUGUGGAGGAAAUAUGCAAGGAGGAUGUUCUUACUCUUGUUAUUCACAAACUGCCUAUACUUGGAUGGGAAGCUAGAAAAGAUUUAGUCCACUGUUGGUCCAUAUUAUUGAAACAAAAGGUUGAAUCCAGUUAUUGCUGUGUAGAAUACAUUGAGCAACACAUUGAAUUACUAGACUUUCUCGUUGUAUGCUAUGAUAACAAAGAAAUUGCGUUGAGCUCUGGCAUAAUGUUGCGGGAGUGCAUCAAAUUUCCUAGUCUUGCAAAAUACAUAUUGGAAUCUGCAAGCUUUGUGUUGUUCUUUAAAUUUGUAGAGUUGCCUAACUUUGAUGUAGCAUCUGAUGCAUUUUCUACAUUUAAGGACCUUCUCACUAAACAUGGAAAUGUGGUCUCUGAAUUUUUGACGGCUCAUUAUGAUGAGUUCUUUGAUCUAUACGAGAGGCUCUUGACGUCUCCUAAUUAUGUCACAAGGAGGCAGUCUAUUAAGCUUCUCUCGGAUUUUCUUUUGGAAUCUCCCAAUGCUCAGAUAAUGAAGCGCUACAUCUUAGAAGUUCGUUUCUUGAAAGUCAUGAUGACAUUGUUGACGGAUUCAAGUAAAAAUAUUCAGUUAUCAGCUUUCCACAUUUUCAAGGUUUUCGUUGCUAAUCCUAAUAAGCCUCGAGAAGUGAAAAUCAUUCUGGGGAAGAACCAGGAGAAGCUGCUAGAAUUGCUUCAUAAUCUAUCCCCAGGAAAAGGUUCAGAAGAUGAACAAUUUGAGGAGGAAAAGGAGUUUAUCAUCAAGGAAAUUGAAAGAAUAUCAGUCUAAGUGAUUUAUUCCACAACAGUUUGUAUUUGAUUCUGUAACAACUUUGUUGACGUACGCAAAAAAAAAAUGUUUGUUUGUAUUUUUAUAAAUACAAACUUAAUCAAAGGCAUCAAUUGAUUUGAUACUAA